AUGGCAUCAAAAUUGAAUGUUUUGCUUUUAUUUACUAUUUUUUCAUGUUAUCAAUUAUUUCUUAUUACAGCACAAUCUGAAGUAAAAGAUGUACCCAAUGAAGCAUCAAAAGUUACGAAUGACCAACUUAUAAAUGAUUUUGAAGAUCGAUGUGCAAGUACAAAAUGUCGUGAUGGUGAAACAUGUAUGUUAAAUAAAGAUGGUGAUGCUGAAUGUGCUUGUUUAACACAAUGUGAAGAUCCAAAAGAUGAACGUUUAAUGGUAUGCACAAAAUCUAAUCAAACAUAUACAACGGAUUGUGAAUUCUUUCAAAUGCAAUGUUGGUGCCGUCGAAAGGAUGAACGAUGUACACGUCGAGAAGCUCUUACAGAUACAAUUGAUUAUUUUGGACGAUGCCAAAAUCUUGGUAUUUGUACGGAAUUCGAAUUAGAAGUCUUUCCAAAACGAAUGACAACAUGGCUUGGAGAAAUUCUUGAUACAUUGUUUGUUCGUAAAGAUCUUGAUGCUAAAUAUGAAGUAUUAGUUAAUGAAGCACGUAAAAUGAAAUUAUCAAAUACAGAAAAAUGGUGGCGUAAUGCUGUACUUUGGGAAUUUUGUGAACUUGAUAAAACACAUGAUAAUUCAGUUAAUAAUGAAGAAUUAGCUCGUUUUGUUCGAUCACUUAAAGUACUUGAACAUUGUAUUCAACCAUUUUUGGAUCAUUGCGAUACGGAUAAUGAUAAUAAAAUUUCAUCGGAUGAAUGGGGUACAUGUUUAGGUUUAGAUAAAGAUGAUAUGACUUUCUUAAAAACAUUCUGUUCAAAUUAA